AUGCCUUCAAAUGCUCACGAGAUUGUCUUCAGGACAUCCAUUGCAGCCUGCAAUUCCAACGACCACCUCCGCGUGUACAUGCAAGAUGUCCAAGGCCGAAUCCGCGAGACCGUGUACGAGAGCGGCUGGAGCAAUGGCACUGAGAAGAAUACCAUUGCCUCUGCUAAGACCUUCUCGCCCCUAGCCUGUACUUCGAAGCAGCUUGAAAAGGCAAGCCAGCAUAUCCAAGUUUUCUAUCUUUCUAACGAGAACAUCAUCAAUGAAAUCGCUUAUGAUAGGUCUGGUGGGUGGGCUGAAGGGGAAAUUGACAAGAAACGCUUCACCGCGGCCCCUUAUUCAAAGCUUGCAGCUGCCCGUCUGAACAAGGGGUCUGAUGUUGAGCUGCGGAUCUAUGUUCAGUUGCCGGAUAAUACCAUCCAGGAGUUUGGCUUUGAAGGUUGGUCAGAAGAAGCUAGUUCCGUUGUCGAGUGUUCUCUCACCUCUUCUGUAGAUGCAAGCUCCGGCUGGCAGAAGAUGUCGAAUCUCGGACAUGCGAUGCCGGGCACUGAAAUCGCGUGCACUGCACUUAGACAACAUGUUCGUGUUUACCUCCAGGAUGUAGAACUCGGUCUCGUGGAGAAAUGCUUCGACGCCAAUCGCGGCUGGUAUGAUGGGUUUACGAAGUUUCCCAGGAUGCAGCCCCGGGCGGCUAUUGCUUGCACCAGUUUUGCGUCUGGGUCGGAUGUUCAGGGUAUUCAUGUCUUCUAUACUACUGCCACGAAGGUUCUGGAGAUGGUCCAUGACGGCAAGUCGUGGCGAGAGGGCAAUUUCCAGGCUGAUUGUAUUCCUGGUACGGAGAUAGCUUGUAUUAGUUGGAUGAGUGGCUCUAGCUCGGAGAUUCGGGUCUACUUGCAGGCUGGUCGGGAGGUUUCUGCUAUUUCGGAGUUUGUGAAGACUCAUGGUGCUUGGAAGUCUGGGAAGACGGCUCUUCCUCCGGCUUGA